AUGUACAAGAAUUUCUCAUUUGAAAAGACUGGUAAAGUUAUGACUCUUUCUAAGCUCUAGGAAAACUAGUUUUAAGUUGCUAAAUUUCACAGCUAAAAAGCAAUAGACUUAAAACAAAAAUCUUAGCAUUUUCCACGGUUAAGGAUUAGUAGCUAAUAAGAAACUAAUUAUGGAGGUUAACUUAAUUUUGAAUGUAAACAUGCUUUGGAUUACUUAUCAAUAAAUGAUAAUAGAUUAAAUUAAAGUGAUGGAUUUACAAAAUAAGUCGCAUCUGACAAAUCCUAAACAACAAGUUAUCCUUCGACAACAAAUAAAAAAAUAUUUUAAUUCUCAUUCAAAUAAAAGAAUGACUAAAUAUCAAGCGCUCGUUCAAAGUUGCAUGGAAGUUCUAGAAUUAGCGAAAAAAACUCAGCUUUUUCAAAUGUAGAUAAUUUAUUUUAGGAAAGAUAAAUAUUAGAGAAAUCAACACAAUAGAUUUAUAAUUAUAAUUUGAUGAAGUAAAAAGAGGAAUAAAUGCAAAAAUAAUUAAAAAAGGAAAUAAAUUUUAUCUAAAAAUAAAUUUAAGAGGAAUAAAAAGCUGCCAAAAAUAUUAACGGAGUAGGCACUAUCAUACACUAACAAAAGUAGAAAAUAGACGAUAAUACAUAUAAAUUCAGUGAACAGAUAUACCCUAUCAAAAAAGAAAAAGAGGCAUUAAUCACAGAUAUUAAAUCACUCAAUGAGGUUAAAAAAUAAAUGAUUCAGAAAAAUGUAUCAAUAAUUUAAUAAAUUUUGGCUGAAAAAUAAAUGAUUGAGUCCUUAAAAAAUAAAAUUUAAAAAGCAAAAGAAAUGUCACACUUUGAACAAAAAAAUAAUAGUAAAAUAAAGCUUUAAUUUUUCUAAAAUUAAAAAAUUGCAUCAAAUCAACAAUAUUAAAUUGACCUAUUAGAAGAUAAAACAGAUAUUUUGUGCACUAAAGCUAAGCAGUAUGCUUAAAUAGAAAUCAAAUGA